AAGUGUACAUGUAGGUUAUGUACCUACGCUUGUGCGUGCCAUAGUUUGCGUGUGGAAGAAAGGACGCGUUGAUCUUCACGACGAGGAGUGGUUGUUUCGAGUCUGUGACGUUUCGUGCUGACGCCACUCGUAUGCCAACUCGGGGGUUGGUUUCCAGCGUACAUAUAAUGCAGAGGCCCCUAAACUGCCGGUCCCGAACAGGACCACGACCAAGUGAUCUCUUAUCCGCAGUGCAGAUCUGCCCACAGAUGGGGUGCAGAUGUGCGGAGACCUUGUCCUGCUACACCCGGGGUUUGUGUAUCACCACGACGGCGUUGAUGUGGAGAAGUAAUUGGAGGUGCCGUGAAUCCGGGCCCCUGCUUUGGGCGAAGUACGGGUGUUAUGGGAUGGUGACAGCGGCGCUUGCUGGUUCAGACCGAAGACUCCACGCUGCAUCCAUCUCGCACAAUUCUCCAAUCCGCCGUAAUAAUCGGGGGACUAUGUCUUGGCCAAGCCCCAGGGCCUUGGAUUCGUCGCCAGCCAGCCUAUUCCCGACCGUCUGGCCUUUGGACCUGCGAGCGCGGGUAGCUGGUUCGUCCGAUACGCUAGAAGGGGGGAGGAAGGGAGGAGAGCCGAAAGGGGGGCGGAAAAUUAGACCACAGCAUCCAACAAGAGCCGUGAGGCCCUCGUGCCAUGGUACGGGUACAGGUAAGGGUUGCGCUUGGCCGCAUAGUCGGUCUCCUCACUUCUUACUGUCCCCCCGGCCCCGCAGUGCAGAGUUGCAUCCCGGCUCGGCCACUAUUCCGGGUCGGUUUUCGCCGCAUCGAGACAACAUCGUUUCACACCCUAGUCGCCCGCGACAUCGCUGCACACCGAACCACCACAUAGGCCGCCUAUGUGGCAGCAUUGGCUCUGGUUAUUCGAACUAGUCGGUAUCCGCGGGCAGAGCUGGAUACUUGACAACCGAUUGGGUUCACACUCGUUGCCAAAACAACGCGGGUCUGCUAGGAAGCCUCCCGG